CAGCUGACAUAAUUGUAGUCUUCAUGUCAGGGAAGAACGCAGCAACAUAAUACGAGUUCCUCAAACAAACAUGAUAACAGCUAAACAUCGAAAGUGUAACGUGGACAUUUGCAUGAUAAACAACUGAAAACAUGGAGCACAUUAUAACGCCAAAGGUGGAGUAUGUGAAACUACUAAACAGGUUCCCUGAAAAGAAGUCAGCUUUGGGGACGCUCUAUUUGACUGCUACUCAUCUUAUCUAUGUGGAACAAACUAACGACGCACGCACAGAAACAUGGGUGCUGCAUCAUCACAUCACGUCAGUAGAGAAGCUUCCGUUAACUGCAUCCGGUUGUCCACUCCUGAUCCGCUGUAAAACCUUCCAGCUGCUUCAUCUGCUGUUCCAAAGAGAGAGAGAUUGUCAGGAUGUCUAUCAGUCACUUGUGCGCCUGUCUCAACCAGUUAAAGAAGAGGAGCUGUAUGCCUUUCUCUAUAAUCCACACCAAACCGAGGAGGACAGGAGGCAGGGUUGGGAAUUCAUCAGUGUGGCCAACGACUUCAACAGGAUGGGUCUCUCCAAUGAAUAUUGGGAAAUCAGCCACCUCAACAAGAACUUUGAGAUCUGUAGCACUUAUCCAUCUAUCCUAGGACUGCCUAAAAACGCCAGUGGUGCAGUUAUAACAGGCAGUGCCAAGUUUAGGAGCCGAGGGCGAUUGCCUGUUCUGUCUUACUAUCACAAAGACACUAAGGCUGUGAUCUGUCGCUGCAGUCAGCCUUUGUCAGGUUUGACGUCUCGCUGUGUGGAAGACGAGCAGAUGCUUCAGGCCAUCAGCCAAGCGAACCCCAACUGUCCUUUUAUAUAUGUAGUGGACACACGGCCGAAGUUGAACGCAAUGGCCAACCGCGCAGCUGGUAAAGGCUAUGAGAAUGAGGACAACUACUCCAAUAUCAGGUUCCAGUUCCAAGGAAUUGAAAACAUCCACGUCAUGAGAAGCAGCCUACAAAAAUUGCUGGAGGUGUGCACUAUGAAGUCUCCUUCCAUGAGUGACUACUUGACAGGUUUGGAGAAUUCUGGCUGGUUGAGGCACAUCAAAUCUGUAAUGGAUGCAGGCGUGUUCCUAGCCAAGGCUGUAUGUGAAGAGAAGGCGAGUGUGUUAGUGCAUUGUUCUGACGGUUGGGACAGAACGGCUCAGGUGUGCUCUUUGGCUUGCAUACUGCUGGACCCUUACUACAGAACUAUUAAAGGCCUCAUGGUUUUAAUAGAAAAGGAGUGGAUCUCUUUUGGUCAUAAAUUCAGUCACAGGUGUGGCCAUCUGGACACUGACUCUAAAGAAGUGUCUCCGGUCUUCACCCAGUUCCUGGAGUGUGUGUGGCAGCUGUCUGAGCAAUUUCCCUGUGUGUUUGAGUUCAACGAACGUUACCUAAUAGAGAUACACAAUCAAGUCUACGCCUGUCAGUAUGGAAACUUCAUCGGCAAUUGUCAGAAAGAGAGGCUGGACAUGAGGUUGCACGAAAAGACGUUUUCCUUGUGGCCACAUCUUCUGAAAAAUCAGCAUCUGUAUCGAAACCCCUUGUACCGGCGUUCAUUAGAGAGUACACUUUUGAGACCCAGUACUUUGCCACUGCACUUCAAGUUCUGGUGUGGGAUGUAUAACCACUACGAGAGAGGCAUGCAUCCAAAACAGUCUGUUCUAGACCAACUGCUCUCUCUCACGCAGAAGCAAGUGGAAGGAGAGAGAACCAUGACUGAAUUACAGCGACAGCUGGCUGUUGCAGAUGGAGUGCUCCCCGAUCCAUCCGGACCAAUCAACACACCUGCCGAACAGGACCGUCCAAGCAAGAAGACUCCCACCACUCCUGUUGUCCAAUCAAACGGAAGCUGCGCUCCUUUGAUUAAUGGAGACACAGAGGAGGCGGGCCCAGGAGUUGAAAGGUGCAAUGAGAAAGAAGGGGCGGAGCCAGCAGCCACAGAACACGAUCUGACCUCUUUUGAGGACAAACCUGUUUCUGUGGAAACAGAACAUUCCAAAGAGGAGGUACAAGAAUCCUCUUGAGUCUCCAUAGUAACAGAACGGACAUUUUGACUGAGACCCCAAAGAACAAAUGUCCUGAUUAUUGAAAAGAUGCAUGCAGUGCUGUUUUCACGGUGAAAGCUGCAGCUCGCCAGUCUGUGAUUUGUUUAUAUUGUUGUUUAUUAGAUUUCUCAAGCACUGGGUGGAUUCUUGUUCCCUGUUAUGUCUGAUCUGCACAUUUCUGCAAUGUUCUUUGUUUUUGUGGAGUUAAGUGUGCUUGUUGGCCUUCAGACCAUGAGGAUUGAAGCUACAUGCUUUGAUUGUAGGCACUUAGAAUCAUCUACAUUUUGUUUAAAUGCCAUUCUGAUCAAAUUUGGCCUUAUUCGUUGUCUGGUAGAUGUUUAAAAAUGUCUUUUAGUAAUACUUGUGUAGUACGUUUGAAAGGCAGACUGAUGCUGAUUUAUGCAGUCGCAUCUGAUGUGAAAUUCAAAGGGAACAUACUGUUAAAACAGGGAACAAAUUGAUUCUUUUUUUUUGUACAAAGGGCUCAGUAUUAUUUUUGUGGUAUUACUUUUUGCAAACGCUGUUCAUUUUUUCAUAAAACAGAACGCUGCUGAUUGAUUGCAAUAGGAUGCCACAUUGUUUGAUGCCAAAAAAUAAUAUGAAGCACAUAAAAAAAAUUGAGGAAUAUGACUUACGUCCUUUUAAGCAAGCCUUUUAAAAUGCAUGUAGUUUUACAAAGCAAUAUUGUUUUAAUGAUGUCUACUGGAUGUUUAUUUCUCAUAGAUGUGGCAAAGUUUUGACAGCUUUAGUUCUAAUGUUCAACUUCUUUAACCCUGGCUGCUAUGGAGCUCCAGACAAGUUUUUGUGUAAAAUGCAAAAAAAAAAAAAAAAAAGCAUUUGUUUACAUUAUUAUUUUUGUAUUAAAUUAGCAAAAAAAUCCAUUGAUUAAACGUAUAGCAAUAGUCAGAAGGGAAUUUUGAGAUAAGAAAUUAGGCGGAUACUGCAGAAAAUGACUGGUUACAUCACAUUUAAAGCUGUUUCCAAAACUGAGAAAAUAACUGUGUAAUAACUGUGUUCGCUCGUUUUAUACAUGCUUGUUUUGAUCAUUGCACUGUUUUGUACCCCUUUUGUACACCAUUCAGAUUUUCUUUAAAUAAAUAUUAAUUUUAGUCAA